AACUACGACAAAUGGUGAACAUGUCAAGCAUACAAAAAUGCCAACACAGAGUAAGAAAUCAGUGUCGAUAACAACCUCCGAGAGACCUGCGAAACCGAAAAAGAAGAAGAAAAAAGAAUCUGGUAGAAACAGUAGGAAUUCCUUUAGUAAAACCCCCACAUCGGGAGUUGACAGCUCCAGUGAAGGAACCCAUCAAAAGUCAAGAACGAAGUCACGCUCAGAUACAAGUGACGUUACCGAAGGGAAAGUUGUGAGCAUUGUAAGUUCAAAGUCAUUUUCGUCGAGGACAGAAAACACGUCUUCCAGUAACUGGAGAACAAGCAGUUCUGAUGGAAGAAGCACGAGCAGUAGCGGCGAAAACUUCGGCUCAACACUUAAUGCAAAUUCUGGUUUAGACACGCGGAACAACGAAGUGAACGAUCUAACAACACGUACAGAGUUAACUCAAGUGAACGAGAGUUUAAGAUGGGAUUUAACAGAUUGCGAUGACCCAGAUGAAGAAGAGGAGAGAUUAAGGAUUUAUAAAUUACACAGAAGAAAAAGAUACAUGGAUUUCUUUCAUAAACGAACUGGCGGUGAAGCGCAAAGUAGCCAGUUUUAUGGGUAGCGAAUUCGAUCGACAAUGUACAAAGCUUGUGAUUGUAAUCGAAAAUUAUUUAAAGUACCGAAUACGUUCGAAUCUCUCUCAAAGAGAAUUCAAUAUUGCUUGAUCAAUAAGCCAAAACUUGUUAUCGAAUUUCAACAUUUUUAGGAAAAGAUGGCUUAAAUAUUUAUGAACAAAGUUCGAAAAAACAAUUAGCGAGAAUCAGCUAAGCUAUUUAAUCCCCAAUUUAUUCACACUCGAAUAUCAACUUUUAAACCACGUAAAUAGUACAUUUGUUACUAUUUUGUACAUGAUUUCAACGAAACAGACCAACUCUCGCCUGCAGAGAUCUUUUACUUUAAAUCGAAAGUUACCUUACAUUAGCUUACAGAGAAUAACUGUAGUAGGUUUCAAAGGAGGAUUAAUUAGUAUACCCCAGACCUAGGAGAUUAUUUGUUUUACUGGACUUUUUAUUCCCAAGGGCUAGUUCGUGCGUGUACCACAAUUUCAUGUCCAUAACAUUUGUAAAUAUUGAAAAUAUUCUAGUGUCUUAAGAAGUGUUGAGUGCAUUAAUAAGAGUUAGUGCAAACCGAUGGUAAGAGUUUUAAAUAACAAACAAACUCCCAGCCGUCUUUGACUGAAGGAGAUUUGAAUGACAACAACAACAGCAACAACAACAACAACAACAGCAACAAAAAUGGCAUUGUACUUCGUGUCAAACAAGUAUUUGUGAUGGUAGGCCAGAGAGGACGAAGAUUGAAUUUCCUACACAAAUCUAUUGUCUGUAGUCGCCACGUUUUUUCAAACCGUCAUCAGAAGCGUCAGAAAGUAACUACAUCUGGACAGUCUGUGCGUCUUGUGAUUUCCAGCCUGCUUAUGUUAUACAAUUUUUGUUUUGUUUUUAUUCUAUAUUUCUUUACCU